UCUCUGGCAAUGUAACCAUAGUGAUGGACAGGCGUGACUGGGACAAGACGCUCACCCUUUUACAGGCGUGGGCACGCGGACGUCUGGUGAGGGCGGAGCUGCGCCGUGCACAAGUGGACUUUGAGGAGGUCGUGAAAGAGAUUGAUGGCACUUUGGCCCACUUGAGGUGGAGGGACGCCAUCAUCCCCACCCCCCACUUCACAGACACGGAUGGUCCCCUACCCAGGAAGGAUCCAGGACCAGAUGUCGGCGCCUGCUCACAAAACCCAGCAGUGGGAGAUGCAGCUCCAUUGUCUGAAGGCAGAGGAGGAAGUGACCGUCUGCAUACAAUAGAAGCACAAAAAGACGGCUCGGGAGUUAAACAACAAACAAGGGGGUGUUUACAAAGCAGCAGCGUUCUCGAAGCAGGUCAGAACCUGAGCUCUGAUGAGAUUUUUGGGAGCACCAUGGAUUCCACCUCCAUCUGGACCAGCAUGGACAGUCUUCCCCAUAAAGGUACAUACUUUAUUUGCAGAGGUGGCAAAAGUACAUACAGUGUGAACUUAAUGCUUGGAUCAGACUACAAGACAUAUUUGUUCUCUAACGAUGGCACUAUGUCAGACUACUGCCAUAAAAUCCUGCCGUGUCUAGAUCAGAACACUGGCUACAUUACACGGCAUAUAUUAUCACUGUAUAACAUCUUUCACAAUCAUUGGGCUAAUCUUGUCAAAUCAAGCUGUCAGGGGAGGCGGGACUGGAAAACGUGUCAACACUACCAGAUAUGACCGUUGGAUAUUACCGUUACCGUGGAGGUAACACCAAUCAUGGAGGAAGAGGCACUAGUUUUGAUUGCGACAGUGUUUUGUGUUGAAGAAAGAACAAUAAGAAGGAAAAAAGCGUGUGUGGGGUCUUGCUCCAACUUUUUAUUUUUUAUUUGUGGUCAUGAUAAUCGUCACACCCGACAUCCAAAGUGCAGUUGUGCUGCUGCCAUAAGUCCACCAGCUUUUCUUCAAUUUCAUUCUUCUACUCAUCCCUCUUUCUCUUCACCAUGGUUCACACAAAUAAAUGUUGAGAACGGCAACCAAGGGAGGCGAGGCGCCAUUGCAAGACGCAAUCCUAUUGGUCGACGUCAUGGUGUGUCACACUACACGGAAGAUAUUCCAAAAAUCAAACAUGCUCGGAUUUAUUUUUGGCAUCAUAGAGCUUCUCCGAUGCCAAAUUGUUGAUCGUGGAUUAUGUCACAAGUUUUUUUGUUCCCGAGAAAAUGCCAGGCCCGAUCUAGGAAAUUGUCCGCAGUAGCAAGUUUGAUCCAGGUAUAAGUUGAUGACACAAUAGACGUGGUGGAACUGAGGGACUGGCUAAUUAAUGGAGGUUUGUGUUGUGUUGCCCUGGUAAUGGUCGAGGCGUGCUCUUUAGGCAGUCUCGCAAUCUUCUCUGUACGACAUCCACAUCAAGUUCAUUUAGAUUUUUGUAUAGGAAAUAGAAAAAUAACUCAACCUUUUGAGGUAUAUCUGACUGCACGAUCCCAGAGUUUUUGUCAUUGUUUUCAGUUCAGAUCAGCAGUAGUCAAUUGCUUUUCUGCCACUCAGAAGUAUCCUGGCACCUAUUGUUUACAAACAUGAUGAAAAGGACUAGUUAUGCAUUUAUUUGUGUCAUCAUUGGUGGAGGUUAAAAUAAGUAACAAGCCAAUUUUGACAAAGUCAGGAGGAGAAAGUGCAGAUGUGUUUUCAAAUGUAGGGAAUAAUAGGGAAAAAAAUCAUAAGAAAAACAUACUAGAAACAUACAUCUAUCUGAAAAAUCUAUUUAAAUAUAGUAACAAAAUAUUUAUAUUUGGUUACAUCCCAC